AUUCAACCAUUUCUUACAGUUGAGUUCCCAUCGAUUGGACAAGCCCCGUAUCAGGCGUCUCUCUCCCCCUAGAGGUGCUCAUACACCUGCCUUGAUUCAAUCAAUCCCGGUGCCGUCCCUGCAUCAACCUAACAAACCCUUACAAUGCCCGCCCUCUGCGAGGUGUCCCACUGACUCCCGCCGCAGUCCUAGAACGGCUCUACGCCCUCCCCUCCUGGAAGAAAGAAAGAACUCGAACUACGAUGGCAGCGGAACAAGCUCGCAACUCCCGGCCGAAGGCCACAAAGAUUGACUCUAGCCGAAUGUCACUAGAGAAACUGAAGGAAGCAGAGGAAGUGAAGGAGAAAGAGAUGAUCGCGCAGGAGGAGGCGAUGGAUGCAAGAAGAAGGGAGCAAACUGUUUCCGUCAGUGACUUCCUGAAGGAAUUCACUCGAUGGAAGGCCGAGAAAGCGGAAGAAGAGGCGGCUGGAGGCAGUGAGGAAGGAGGCCAUGAGCAGCGAGCCGGUCGGGACUUGAGUGACGAACCUGAGAUGCCUCGAGAGGGUCAUGCGGCGUUGGAGAGGAAUCUGCGGGGUGAAGAGGGUGUUGGGCAUGCUGUGCGCCGGAUGGAUCCAGACGAGGGAGCGGAGGCUGUUGUGCGGAGAUUAAAUCUCACCAGGGAAGUUGAACCAAUCCGAUAGGGUACUCAGCCCGAGUUUAUGUCUGCGGAGGUCUUUCAAAGGAGGAUGGCUGCCCCGAACGAGGCUAUGGAGUAGGGGAAGAGGGUUUGCCAAGGACUGUGGGGACUGUGGAUGUUUGUAUCGUGGGGUCAAGGAUGGAAGAGAAGACAUUGAGACUGGGCGUUUUGUGUUUGCUGAGUGUUGUUCACACGUACCAAGGGUUUGUGGGGUCACAGUGGCGGAGAUUUUGAGACGAGACCUUUUGUGUCCUAGACUGGCACCGGAAGUGUGGGAUGCUAUUUCUAUUCGUGGAUAGUUGAGGGGUCUUUUCCUUUGAGAAAUUCUAGGGGGGCAAUACCUUUUUUCUAGGGGGAUAUAACCACCCAUGGGGUUAGGAUUGUAUAUAGUCCCUGAGCCUUACACAUCAUCAACUACAUCAACGCUUACACCUUUGCAAUUAAA